AUGUCGGAGCAAGAAAUUACAGAUGAAUUGACUAGUCAGGGAGUAAGUGCAGUGAAGCGUUUCACAAUGAAAUCCAGAGACGGUGACAUCAUCCCGUCAAAUACGUAUAUGCUUACUUUUGCACUGUCGACCCUUCCUAAAUCUGUUAAAGCUGGUUAUCUCAACAUCGGAGUGGAGGUGUAUGUCCCCAAUCCACCCCGAUGUUUCAAGUGCCAAAAGUUUGGACAUGGGUCUAAAUCCUGUAAUCACUCUGUCGUCUGCCAGCGCUGUGGUGACGGCCAUGACAGCACUGGAUGUACAGCUGACAUUAAAUGUUCCAACUGUAAUGGCAAACAUCUGGCUUCCUCGAAAUUAUGUCCAGUGUGGCAAAAACAAUCAAAAAUCAUCAGGCUAAAACAUGAACAAAAUAUAUCAUUUUUCGAGGCAAAGAAGGUUAUUGACAGUCAGGCCCCGUCAACUCCACUUACCAGAACCUACUCUGCUGCUGCUAUCUCUACCCCUCCAACUCCUCCAACAGUAUCCAUUUCUAUUCAAACAGAAAUGACAUGGGUCACAUCAGAUUCUCCUAUCAGCAUUACUUCUGUGAUCACUUCAAACACAUCCUCGACUCAAACUGUGAGUCAAUCUGAACUCUUGAUUGCUUACUCUGAUAAUGUUGUGCCUACAACUGAAAAGCCAGAGGCCACAGUAGAGCCUUCAACUAUUGAAUCAGGUGUUGUUACCUUGACGAGAAAAGAAAGAAAAAAACUAAAUAAAAAACAGACAAACAGGAACUCCUCUUCUUCAGAGAUAGUUAUCCAUAACUCCUUUGAUGCUCUGGACAUGGAUGUCACCCCAUCGUCACAGAGCAGUAGUAGGAGUCCUUCCUCCUCACGUCUACGUGAGCGUUCACCGAUUGAGCCACCAUGA